UCACAUGACCAUCAAAAACACUCCCAUAUCUGGGAUAUCGUUGGUGGACGGAUGAAAAAUGACAUUUUUAAAUCUUUUCGGACGCUUAAAAUCAAAUGUCAUUGGCAUGAUUCACGUCCGAGCCCUGCCAGGAACCCCCUUGAACAGCGCAACUAUCACAGAGAUCACAGAGGAGGCAUGUCGAGAGGCGGAAAUUUACCAGCACGCAGGACUUGAUGGAGUGAUCAUUGAAAACAUGCAUGAUAUUCCAUACACCCUUGAGGUGGGUCCAGAGGUGUGUGCCUCCAUGACAGCUGUGUGUGCUGCAGUUAGAGGACUUUAUCCAUCUUGGCCGCUUGGUGUACAGAUUCUGUCAGCUGCGAACCAAUCAGCGCUGGCCGUUGCCCUGGCCUCAGGGCUGGAUUUUAUCCGUGCAGAGGGGUUUGUGUUUUCACACGUUGCAGAUGAAGGCCUAUUAAAUGCUUGCGCUGGUGAGUUGCUGCGCUACCGCAGACGCAUCGGAGCAGAGCACAUUCAGAUCUUUACAGACAUCAAGAAGAAGCACAGUGCUCAUGCCCUAACUUCAGAUGUGAGUAUAGCUGAGACAGCCCAAGCUGCUGAGUUCUUCCUCUCUGACGGAGUCAUCAUCACAGGAACUGCAACUGGAGCGCAAGCUGAUCCAAAAGAACUAAAGGAGGUCACCCAGUCUAUAAGAAUCCCUGUUCUCAUCGGUUCUGGUGUCACUCACAGCAAUGUGGAACACUACCUUGAAGCAGGUGCCAUGAUCAUUGGCUCCCACUUUAAGAAAGGAGGCUACUGGGCAAAUGGUGUGGAUGCAGAGAGAGUGAAAAUGCUCAUGGAGAAGAUGCACAAACUUCGGGAGUGACUAGAGAUAA